AUGAGAAUAGGGUGCUUGCAAUUUGCGCCCCAGGUUGGAGAUGUCGACAACAACCUCAACCACGCCGACUGUGUCUUAAGCAGGUCCAAUCCUCAAGAUCUGGAUCUGCUUGUACUGCCCGAAUUGGCAUUCUCUGGAUAUAACUUCCGAUCGUUGCAGCACAUCUCCCCUUACCUUGAGCCUACUGCGGCGGGCAUCACUUCUCUCUGGGCUCGCACUACAGCACUAAAGCACAACUGUGUAGUUGCCGCUGGCUACCCUGAGAAAGUCGAUGUUAGCAAGAAAUGGCCUCCAAAUCCCGAGUACUAUAAUUCUGUUAUUAUGGUUAACACAGAGGGUGAGACUAUCGCCAAUUAUCGUAAAUCAUUCUUGUACUACACCGAUGAGACCUGGGCUCUCGAGGGGCUCGGCUUUUAUGCCGGAGCGAUCGAGGGGCUCGGCAACAUUGCCCUUGGGAUAUGUAUGGAUUUGAACCCCUACAAGUUCGAGGCGCCGUGGAGCGCAUGGGAAUUCUCACAUCAUGUUCUUCAUGUUGAAGCAAACAUAGUUAUUUUGUCAAUGGCUUGGCUCACCCGUGAAGAUCCAAGAUCUUUUAGCAGAGCUCCAAGCGAGCCUGAUAUGGAUACACUUGCCUACUGGCUGGGUAGGCUAGAACCUCUCAUCAGAGCAGAGGCUGUCGGUGAAAUCAUCGUCAUAUUCGCCAACCGCUGUGGUACGGAAGAAGAGGUCGUAUACGCAGGAACAAGUGCAGUGAUUGGAAUCAAUAAUGGCGAAGUGAAAGUAUACGGACUUCUCGGCAGAGGAGAAAAAGAGCUCUUAGUGGUCGAUACCGACGAGCGGCCACGGGCCAAGCUUGUCUCAACGCCGAACUCUUGCGCCACAGAAGAGCCAGAAACUGCUCCAUCACCUGAGCCUGCCGAACAAGAGCCAGUGAGCUUCCCAAAUUGGUCUGACCCAGAUAGUGGAGAUAGGUCUGAAGAUAUCGAUGACUACUACUACAAAUUUUCACCUGUAUCACCAUCAGAUUCUCGGUGCCCACCAAUUUUCUUCAGUCCUAAGCCAACUCCUAUCAGCGAAAGCUACUACGACUUCCCGACUCCAGAUUGCUCACGAACGAGCUUCACAGCUGCAUCACCAGAUUCUCCAACUUUUCGCCGGCCAUCAUCCCCAAAGUCUAGAAACGUGAGUCGAAAUGAAAAUCGCGAGGAGGCGACCUCAGAGGUAGUCUUUCCAGACAUCCACAAGGUGGAUGAAAGUUAUGUGGGCCGUAGUGGACGCAAUUCCGCCUCUGCAGUGCCGGAUGGAUGUCAGUCUACAUUCUCUCCAAAUUCUCUUGGCCCAAGAAGUCAGAAUGUCAUGCCUCGUCCGAAAAGUACAGUGUGGUAG